AUGGCGAAGAUCCACAAAGCUCGCAAGAUGGCAGGCAGAGAUGCAAACCUCCACGGUAUCCUGACAGAUGCCAAAACAUGGACCUUUCUACACCUCACCAAUGAUAAUAAGUACUCUGAAAGGAUAUUACAUUGGAACGGCGAGCGAGAUCAGAUCUACGGUCUAGUUCAAACAAUUGUCGACGCUGCCAUUGAUUCUUUUCGUGACACCGUCGAGCCGCGUUUAUCUCGGAAUUCUCAGCUGCCAACAGUCAGUCGGAUCAGUGGCUAUACCAUCAGAAAUAUCCCUGACCCUAAGGCUAGAGCAACUGACAGCAAAAGUGACUACUAA